AUGCAUCAUCAUCUUUACGUCGAUUUCGCUGUCAUCGUUGCCAUCGCUCGCCGGCCAUUCAGAUUGAAAUGCGCCGAUGACAUGAACAACAUCGUCGACCGACGUUCCACUUGUCCAUUGAACUUUUUGGACGAAAUGAAUGCACCCGGAGGAGGAAUAAUUUCUCUCAAAGAACGCCUAGCCUCACUUAAUAAGAGCGCGGAGAAUUGGCAGACACGCGUGAAAAAGGAUGAAGUGAUCCUUAAACGGUGUUCGAUGCCACCGAGACCUCGUCCAGUGCGCACUCAACUCGGAAAGGAGAACGAGGAACAUGCCGUCGUCGUGAAGUCAGCGGCACCCAUGUCAAAGCAAAGCCUCCUACUCAAUCUGGACAAAGGACUCGAUUCGUUUUUUCUUCGAAAUACUGCAGUAAUAGCAGAAUCUGUUGUGAAAGAACUCGAUUUGAAUUCGAUCGAACAAACUAACAUACUCGAUACACCAAAGCGACCUCGACUAAGAAGAACAAGCAAAACCCGUCGGGUCGCUACUGAACGAAUAACAACACUUGAUACUACGUCUAUAAAAAUCGAGGAGGACCCACGUGACUUCAUAGUGGCACCUGUGAUAAUCGAUGAAGGUGGACCAAUUGCUACGAGUGCUCGACAAGGCCUACAGGCUAAAGAAGACUACACAUCAGUGAAAAGUACCUUGAAGCAUGCGGACCCGACGUCGCCGUAUCCACCGGUUAUGCUUAUUCGAGUCGCAGGAGAGAAGAGAGUCGAUGUGAGAUUGGUGGCCCCACUAGCCUCGUCCAUCCAUCAGAAUGCCGUUUUCAUACUAGUAACGCCGACGAGAUUGAUCAAGUAUGAGGGAGAAAACAGUAACAUCCUAGAGAAGACAAAAGCCACUCAAAUAUGUAUACACAUAACGACCAAGUCGGAUUUGUUUUGUACUGCAUCGAAAGCAGAAAACGUAUCAGCGUGCCAUAUUGAUCCAUUGGACACGCCGCGCCGUGACCGCGAGCGUCUCUUCGUGUUGGCCACGUGGGACUCGUGA